UUGGAGCAGCRUUCCCCUUUAAGCCUGCAGACUAUUGUCUUAAGUCCUCCCAUCUGUGGGGGUGGCUCUGCAAAAAGUUUGCAGAGGAAAGUUUUCAAGCUGUCACUGGUUGUCGGGAGGAGACUGAUGGAGGACAGGGGGACCAGCCGUUCGCGAGACAAACAUUUACAAAGUGCUCACAGUUAGUUAGACUCGGAAUGCAACCCAAACAUCCCGCGGAGACAAAACAUGCCCAGGCCUGAGGUGGGGGACUUUACUGGGACUGGCACACUUUUAGCGCACGGUGGUCGCAACAAAGCGGAAAGUGCACUCAGGUCUCAUGGGCUUCAUCUGAAGUGACUGCUGGUGGAAAGAACAAAGGCAUUAGAUGUUCCACACAGCCAGGUUACUGUCCUGACAACAUGAGCCGUUUGGAGAGGAGGUUCCGCGCUGCUGGACGAAGAGCGUCUCCGGGUCUGGUCUUCACCAUUCUUCUUCUUCUGAUGCUGGGAAGCCGCAGCAGAGCGUUAGGAAUGUUCCAUGAAACAGAGACAUUUCUGCAGGACCUCCCUCCGUAUGAAGUGGUUCACCCCGUCAGUGUUGAUGCCGGAGGUCACUUCCUGUCCAACUUCCUGUCUCACCAUGCUCAUCGUGUACGGCGUCGGGAAGCCCCGGAGAGAACCGCAGACACAGACAGAGUCUUCUAUCAGUUCCUGCAUGACAGCCACCGUUUGCACUUUAACCUCACCCUGAAUCCAAACCUGCUGGCUUCGGGCUUUGUGACUGAGAGGAGGUAUGGUGGCCUGGAUGGGGCAAAGAUCCAUCAUCCUGGUAGCUCCCAGUGCCACUUUCUGGGUGAGGUAUGGGACGAUACCACUGUUCAAGGGAGCGCAGCCAUAAGUGCAUGUGAUGGACUGAYCGGACUGUUCAAGUUGUCUGAUGAGGAGUUUUUCAUUCAGCCCCUGGAGAAGUUCGAUGAUGAGCGCUCAGCACCACAAGCCCACGCCAUCUACAAACGCCACACCUCUCCUCCMGGAAGUCCAGUCACUCAGAGCAUCUCAGGGAAACCAGCUCACAACAGCACCUGUGGAAACCAAAAUUCCCAGCACAGUUUUGAGGAGAGCGAGCGCAGGCGGGAGCGGUGGGAGCAUCGGCGUCAGAGGAGGAGGAGAAUUCGACAGCGUUCAGUGAGCAACGAGAAGUGGGUGGAGACUCUGGUGGUGGCUGACUCUAAGAUGGUUGACUAUCAUGGGAGCAAAGAUGUGGAGAACUACGUUCUUGCUGUCAUGAACAUUGUGGCAGGUCUGUUCAAAGACGCCAGUAUUGGAAAUGCAAUUAACAUUGUGAUCGUUCGACUCAUCUUACUGGAGCGAGACGAGGAUGACCUGAAGAUUACACACCAUGCCGACAACAGCUUGAACAGCUUUUGCAAGUGGCAGAAGAAAGUCAACAUGAAAGGAGACGAACAUCCUCUGCAUCAUGAUGUAGCCGUUCUGCUCACCAGGAAGGACAUAUGUGCAGCCGUCAACAUGCCGUGUGAGACUCUGGGACUGUCUCACGUGGCUGGGAUGUGUCAGCCACAUCGCAGUUGCAGCAUCAGUGAAGACACUGGCCUUCCAAUGGCCUUCACUGUGGCACAUGAGCUGGGACACAACUUUGGGAUUCAGCAUGAUGGCCACGGUAAUGACUGUGAACCCAUUGGGAAAGGACCUUUUGUCAUGUCUCCUCAGCUUUUGUAUGGCACCUUCCUGCCCAGGUGGUCACGCUGCAGCCGUCAGUACAUCACCCGCUUCCUGGAUCAAGGCUUGGGCUGGUGCCUCGAUGAUUCUCCAGUGAAGGACAAGGUGUCUUUGACGUCGGUGCUUCCUGGAGUUCUGUACAGUGCCAUGCAUCAGUGUCGCCUGCAGUAUGGAUCCUGGUCCCGUCUUUGCAAUGACAUGGAUAACGUCUGCAGCACUCUGUGGUGCACCGUGGGAACAACCUGCCACUCAAAGCUGGAUGGAGCUGUGGAUGGGACCAGCUGUGGGGAGAACAAGUGGUGUAUCAGUGGGGACUGUGUACCAGUAGGAUAUCACCCUGAGAGUGUAAACGGUGGCUGGGCUUCGUGGAGCGAGUGGUCGGUCUGUUCCAGGACUUGUGGCGCAGGUGUCCAGACCGCUAAAAGAGACUGUGACAACCCGGUUCCAAAACACAGAGGGAGAUAUUGUUUGGGAGAGCGACUAAAGCACAGGAUCUGUAACACCUCGCCUUGUCCUCAUGAUGAGCCCAGCUUCAGAAACAUCCAGUGCAGUCACUUCAACAGCCUGCCCUAUAAAGAUAAGUUCUACAGAUGGGAGGCAGUCAUYAACAAAGCUAAUCCRUGUGAAUUGCAUUGCCGUCCACUCAAUGAGCAGUUUUCUGAGAAGAUGCGGGACACUGUUGUUGAUGGAACACCGUGUUACUCAGACAAGAAGAGCAGAGAUGUGUGCAUCAAYGGCAUUUGUCAGAAUAUAGGCUGCGACUACGUCAUUAACUCCAACUCUGUGGAGGAUCGCUGUGGCGUGUGUAACGGCAACAGCUCCACCUGCAAAACUGUCAGAAGGACAUUUGAGAAGAGCGAAGGACUUGGGUAUGUUGACAUUGGGCUGAUUCCUGAGGGUGCCUGGGACAUCCUAAUUGAGGAAGUGGCAGAAUCUGGGAAUUUCUUGGUGCUGAGAAGUGAUAACCCCAGCAAGUAUUUUCUGAAUGGAGGCUGGACGAUUCAGUGGAACGGAGAGUAUAAGGCAGCAGGAACAGUGUUCACGUAUGAGAGGGCAGGGCAGCUGGAAAACCUGACGUCUCCUGGCCCCACAACUGAGCCACUGUGGAUUCAGCUUCUCUUUCAGGAGCCCAAUCCAGGAGUGCGGUACGAAUACACCAUCCGUCGAAAWGUCUCAGAUGAAAACAACAUCCCAACCCCUGUUCACUUCUGGAAAUAUGGAUCRUGGACUGAAUGUAGUGUUACCUGUGGAACAGGUGUGCAGAGGCAGRUUGUUCAUUGUGUUGAGAAGAUGACAGGUUUAGCUCAGGAGCAUCUGUGUGAGCCCUCCACUCGCCCUGAGGACAACCACACCAGCUGUAACAAGGACCCAUGUCCACCCACAUGGCGGGUUGGAGAUUGGCAUAAAUGCUCAGCAAGCUGUGGAAGCUCGGGCCUGGCUAAAAGGAUGGUUCUCUGCAUCCAAGCUCUGAGUGCAGACGAGCAGAAAGCCCUGGAUCCCAGCUACUGUGAGCAUCUCGCCAAACCCGACACYGUAUCCACCUGCAACACACACACUCCCUGCCCGGCAGACUGGGUCACUGGCAGCUGGUCAAAGUGYUCACACACCUGUGGAACUGGGUUUCGUCUACGUAACGUCACCUGCUCCAGAAACACAGGUGUCGAUUGUGACCCUCAAAACAAACCUUUAUCUGUCACAGCUUGCCACAUUCAGGUUUGCGCACAGAUUGUUGAUAAUUUUGGAGGCAUCGAAUGGUCAGGGAGUGGAUGGUCCAGCAGCGAAGUGCUCAACGAAAUUAACCCGAUUCCUAAAGUCAAACCUCCUCCCAAACACAGCCCCACCAGAGGCCAGCCAAGAACCCAUAAAGACCGCAAUUUCAUCGAUGAGGGAGACUUUACCUACCACAAUAACAUUGAAAGCAAUGAUCCACAAGAAAUUAGUGUUCCCGUCGAUGAUUUUUACUAUGAUUACAACUUUAUUAACUUUCAUGAAGAUUUGUCCCAAGACUUUGAGAGCAAUGAGAAUUCAGAAGGCAGCAAUGGGUUCAAUCGUCCGCAGGAAGCCAAACCGACCCACAGCAUGGAAGAAAACGCUCACAUGGGAACUACAAGAGCUCCUGAAUCAGAUCCUACAACUUUAAAAGCUCCCACGUUGACAGCUGAAGAGCCCCAGGGCACUAAAACAGACAGUAGGAAAACCAGUUCUGAGGAAGUAAAUGAUGAAAAUUUAGACGCCAUUCUGUCAGAGGAUCACCUUCUUUCUGUGUCUCCCACUCGGUCGUCACCAAAGUCUACAACUGAGCACUCACAAACGGUAGAAGAUAAAAGCCUGUGGUGGCCUGAAGACCCAAGCUCAGUGCCCAGUCUGCUGUACACCACAAAGCAGCCAGCCCUGAAGGAAACAUGGAGGCUGCCCGAUGAGGAGGACAAUCACUCUGAACGUCCCACUGUAACGUUAACACGUGGUGCUCCCACUCCCAAACAUCAAACCACUCAUGCUUCAACAACACUGAGCUCUCUGGAGUUACUUGAUGAUUAUUCCUCUGCAGAACAAGAAGAUGCAGAGAAUUCAGAACGGUUUGGCUCUCCCUCUCCGACAGCUGCAACUCAGGUUAGGACUGAACUUGACGAUUCUGAAAUACCUCAAACGACUAGUCUGACUGCAAAGGUACAGGUUGCAUUCACAGCGGAGGAUUUGGACUUGAAUUCAAAUCAUUUUUCCACCAGUGCUGAUAAAUCCUGGUAUGCCAACAGUGACCACACCACGGCAUCGCCUCCUUCCUCUGAGGAAUCCUCUCCUCCUCCCACUACCUUCCUUCUUGUGUCAGGUCACGUAGACACAUCCGACGACUACUUGUCUUUAACUGGAACAGAAAACAUACCAAAUACAAAGCCUCGGGGAGCUACAGAGAUCCCUGCAGCAGAUUUACAGACAGCUACAAUGGAUUUUUCAUAUCCUGUCUUCCCUGAGACAACUGGAACAAACCCCACAUCCCAGCCUCCACUCUUUCAGUUAAAUGACUUGAACCAUAAUGAAAUAUGUGUUCCCUCGGUGGCGGGGAGCAGUGUUAACAGUCAACCUGACACAUCAAAAGUUACAUCAGCCACCCCAAAACACAGCUCAGCACUGGGGAAGCAUAUGAAAUCACCAACUGCUCCGGUUCUCCCGACCCGCGCACAGAGGCUUUGGCCAAAUUCAGCCCAAACUUCUGCCUCCCCGCACGUUAGUGGAGCUGCAUUCUGGGUCACUGGUAACUGGAGCACAUGCUCCACCAGCUGUGGUCUGGGUGCUGUCUGGAGGAGUCUGACCUGCAGUACUGGUUCAGAGUCUGACUGUGAUCCAAAACAAAAGCCUGCACCGGCUCGACAGUGCUACCUACGCCCCUGCUCCAUCUGGAAGAUUGGAGAAUGGAGCAAGUGCUCCAAGAACUGCGAAGGCGGCAUCAAAUUUCGAGAGGUGCAGUGUUUUGACCUGAGAGAUGAAAGACCUCUGCGGCCUUUCCACUGCCGAGCGAUGUCUACAAGACCAUCAACACAGAAGCCGUGCAACGUCCAGCCGUGUCUUGACUGGUACACCUCCUCCUGGGGUCAAUGCUCGGAGGUGUGUGGAGGGGGGGAGCAGCAGCGCAUCGUCACCUGUCCUGAGGAGCAACGAUGCGACRGAGACCUUCAGCCCAGCAACAUUCAGCCGUGCAACAGCCAGCCGUGUGCUCAGUGGCUCACCGGUUCUUGGGGACAGUGCUCAGUUUCCUGUGGAGGUGGCGUGCAGCAGCGUCUCAUCAAAUGUGUCGACACAAAGGCUGAGACCGAGGAGGAAGUGGAUCAGACUCGGUGUGACCRCGAACUGAAGCCUAACAACACCCAGAAGUGUCAUUUACACGACUGUGAAAACACUCCCUCAGGAACAGUUUGUGUUCGUGACCGGCUGACGAUUCGUUUCUGUCAGACGCUGCGCUCGCUUGGCAGCUGCCACCUGCYCAACAUACAAGCCAAGUGCUGCAGAACCUGCAGCCAGCGUUCCCCCAUCAGCCUCACGUCACCCCGCCACUCAGGUUGAGUGCCUCAUCAACAAGGACACUGAUUGCACCACAGGGUGGUUAAUUAUAGGAGAGUCAACCAGCCAACCCUGCUCUUAACUGCAGAUUAAUGGUGAGGCGGACACUCUGUUUAGGCGCCAUUAAUGUGCAAGUUUGAAAAGGAAAACACUGAGAUUGUAAAUAAUUCUUUGCACUUUUUUAUAUUAUACAAAUUGACAAUGUCUGUAUGGCAGAAUGUAGAGUUUUAGAGAAAAAAAUAAUCUUUUGAUCUAUCUAUGCAUUAAUACACCUGUAGACAAACCAGUCUUUUUUUUUCUUUUGUCCAAUUAUACAUUUCAUUUCAACGACAACUGCACAGCUGCAGCAACCAGGUCAGUGUUUUUAUAUCUCAUGUGGUACAAAAGCUAAGAAACAAAACAAAUACUGUAUGGUGCAGAACAGUGUUGUAUGUUUUAUAAAGUGUGUGUGUGUGUGUGUGUGUGUGUGUGUGUGUGUGUGUGUGUGUGUGUGUGUGUGUGUGUG